AUGGAGCCAGUGAACCUUGUAUCUGUGACGCCACUGUGGUUUGAAAACAGCAGUGCAUCCCUACCAUCCGGUCCAUCAGAGUCUCCAGUCUCUGCAGUAUGGGAGAUCGUCCACACCAUCAUUCCCCCGUACAUUUUUACCUUAUCCCUGUUAGGCCUUCUCUUUAACGGCUUUGUCCUGGGUGUGUUCCUCACUCAUAAGGAUCAACUAACUGUAGCAGAGAUCUACCUGAGCAACCUGGCACUGGCUGAUUUUAUUCUCCUGUGUGGCCUCCCUUUCUGGGCGAUGUACAUCCGCAAUGACUUUAACUGGGCAUAUGGAGAUGCCUUAUGUAAAUUGGUCAACUCCCUCAUCAUCAUCAAUUUUUACACCAGCAUAUACACCCUUGUCAUGAUUAGUGUUGACCGCUAUCUAGCACUGGUGAAGACCAUGAAGGCCAGGUGGCUGAGACGGACACUGUAUGCCAAGGUGAUCUGCUUCUUCCUGUGGCUAUUAGGGUUCCUACUGAGCAUGCCAGUCAUUAUUCACAGAAAGGUGAAGUUCUUUGAGGAGUAUAAUACAACAUCCUGUAUACUGGAUUAUAGUGAUGACAGCUCUUGGAAGUUGGCCCACCAAAUUCUGAAUAAUGUGAUGGGCUUUGUACUCCCUGUUCUGAUCAUUUUUUUCAGCAGUGGGACCAUAAUCAAAGCUUUAGCACGGAGGAGAGAGACUAUACCUUUUCAUGACAGUAACAACACCAAGGCCACAGUACUGGUAUAUGCUGUCACACUACUAUUCUUAUUGUGUUGGUGUCCCUACCAGGUCUUCACCUUCCUCGACACACUCUGUGACGUCCAUGUGCUGGAUGAGAGGCUGUGGGCUCACACUCUAGACAUAGGAGGCCAGUUUUCAGCGUAUCUGGCCUUUCUCAACAGUGCCCUCAACCCUUUGCUGUAUGUCUUCUCCGGGCAAUAUUUCAGAAGGAAGGUUAGCGCCAUCUACAGGCGGACUAGAUAUCAUCACAGGGGAUCAGAUAUGACCACAUAUCAGCGCUCUGUUGUGUCCACUUACAUCCACAGACCGGAGCAAAUUAAGACUGUGGUCAUUUUUAAUGCAAAUGAUCAGAUGUAA